UCGACCGAUCCCUCCUGACGGCGCUAGUGGAUAGAUGGAGGCCGGAGACUCACACGUUCCACCUCCCAUGUGGGGAGAGGACUCCGACGCUGCAGGACAUGACCUACCUACUGGGUCUCCCUAUCGUCGAUGAUGUCGUAGGUCCGCGUGUGGUGCCGGCUUCGUGGAAGGAUGACCUGGAGGAGCGCUUUGCUCCGGUACAGUGCGUGGCAGUAGCAGGACCGAUCAACCCGCACCCGCGAGCCGCAGGUCCUUCGAAGACCUGGUUGCUACAGUUUACACCUACCCAGUUGGAUGCGGAUGCGGACGAGUAUAGUGUAACCAGAUCGCUGGAGGCGUACCUGCUAUGGUUGUUUGGUUACAUCAUGUUCAACAACACCCAUGGCAACUCCGUCGACAGGAUCCUACUUCCGUACGCACGAGAGAUUGCGGAUGCAGAGGAUGACUUACCGCCCUACAGCUGGGGUUCGGCGGUAUUGGCGGCCACCUACCGUGGACUCUGCAACGGGUGCAGCAAGACCGAUGGUGAGGCUAUUUUCUCGGGGUGCCCACUCCUGCUUCAGCUUUGGUCGUACGAGAGGAUAGCGAGAUCUUGGGCGCAUGCCCAGGUUAGGCACGCAUAUCCUGAGUUCGUGUCGGAGCUGGAUAUGCUGACGCCCGAGGACGUUAUCUGGGAGCCAUACACCCCAGAGGCGGUGGCGAGACGUGCACCUUUAGGCCUGUCUCCACACUGCUCUGCGAAUGCGGGCAUGUGGCUUACUACAGCCGUCCUUGUUUACGACAUCGCGGUUGAGGUUGUCGAGGAGUGGCAUGCCGUGCUCAGCCGUUUGGCUCACCACGAUGCAGCCGUGGUUGGAGCAAUGGGACGAUGCAGAUGA